CAGCUCUCAGGGGAGGGGAAGUGAAGUGAAGGGAAAUUAGAUGCUUUUCUCUUUGUCUAAUGUUUCCUGUUCAUCUGUGGUUUAUCUUCACUUUGUAGUGGAAAUAUUGCAUUUAAUUACAUUAUGUAAUGUAAUAUUUCGGGAAUCAAAAAAUGCACCCUUUUUAUACUUUUUUUGAUGAAGGCAAAGUUUUAAAGGAGAUGGUGUAAAUACAAUGAAAGCAUACAUUCUGCCAAUAGAUACUGUCGGCUGCUCUGUGCCGGUAGAACAGACUCAGCCACAGACCCUAAACAGUGGCUUUCACUAUUAAAAAAAGCACUAAAUAGAGGAAGUGAGAGGAGGUUCAUCUGCAUGCAUACUUGCAGUAUGAGAAAUUGUUUUCUGGCUUCCAUGAUAGGGCAUGCAAAUGGCUUUAAGACUAUAAGUCAACUGUGAAAACUUCCUUUUACUUUUAAAUACAAUUUAUAGGGGAGUUUUGUGUGUGCUUGAGACUGGGUCCUCUGAGAUAUCAAGCUUUAGUCCUACAUGAGAAUGGAUGCUCAGACAGUUUGUUGCUUGAUUUUUCUGGCCCUAAUGAAAAAUUUUUCUACAGCUGCAAUACUUCCUUUUAAGCUAGAACCUGCCAAGCUCACAGCUAAAGAGGGAUCCUGCAUCGAAAUCAAAUGCCAGGUCACAGGCACAGUGGAUGAUGGUGGUGCAUACUGGUUUUGGAUGAAGGAUGCACAAUGGGAUGUCAUAAAAAACGAUUAUAAUGCCACUGUCAUUUACAGCACAAAUAACUCAGAGCGUCCUGUCGAUCCGGACUUUGUAAAAAGAGUGACAUAUAUCGGCUCUCCAUCUUUAAAAUAUAAUGGUAACCCCUCACCAAAGCCACUGUGCAGUAUUUCGAUACGUGACCUAAAAAAAAAUGACAGCGGAGAGUAUUCUUUCAGAUUUGUAGGACAAAAUACAUGGCAUACUAAAAGCUCCUCGAACCUCAUAGUUGAAGAAAAUCAAUGCCCGCUCACUUUCGAGCAACCGCCUGCCGUGUUCGAGUCUCGCACGCUAACGCUCACAUGCUCCACUUCAAGUUCAUGUCCGUCAAACCUGCGAAUUCAAGAUCUGACGUCACUUCACCCGACACACAUCCCCGACACUCAUCCAAAUGAGAAACGCACCUCAGUCAGUUUUGUAGCCAGCUGGAUGGAUGAUGGGAAGGUGUUUUCAUGCCAAACACAGGACAACAUGGACAAACAUUUGAUUCGGAAUAUCAGUAUAAGUGUUGAAUAUGCUCCUAAAUUAAUAUUGGCUGAGGGCCCUAAAGAUGUCAAGGAAGGAGAUUCCGUGACUCUCACGUGCUCUGCCAAAGGAAAUCCUCCGCCCAGCCUGUCCUGGUUUAAAGGCGAACAAAUGCAGUCUUCAGAGGCAGAAUGGAAGAUCACAUCAAUCGAGGAUUCACAAAGAGGAAACUACUGUUGCAAAGCUCAGAACAGUCUUGGAACUAUAACAUCAGGUCCAGUUGACAUUAAUGUCAAAUAUCCUCCUCAAGCUGAGAUAAAUAUCCUUUCACCUGUGUCUGCAGUUAAACAUGGAAAUAACAUUACCGUGACAAACACGAUUCAGUUGACUUUAACAUGUAUUGUGAGGAGAAGCAACCCACAACCUAGAACCUACACUUGGCUUAAAGGUGGAAUAACAGUUGGUAACGAGAAGACAUAUGUAGUUGGAAGGAUUGAGCCCAAGGACUGUGGCUCUUACACAUGUACAGCCACCAACACUGUGGGUACUGGAAGCUCGGCUCCAAUUCAACUGGAUGUUCAAUACAGGCCGAGGAAGACGAGUAUUUCUGUCAGAGGCUUUCCUGAUUAUGAAGUGAAAGUUGGGAGCAUCCUCACAUUCACCUGUAACACCGAUGCCAAUCCUCCCCCGACGACUUACUCCUGGCAACGUUCCAACAACAAUAAACCAGCUGACUCCUCACAGUGGAAUUCCAUCUCAGCAAACAGACACCAACAUUAUAUAUAUAGUGUACAAAGAGGAGAUGAAGGCUGUUACAGGUGCAGUGCCUCCAACCCCCUUGGUAAAGGGAAUAAUAGUGUGCUGGUGUGCAUACAAGUACUGUACCCUCCCACCAAACAAACUCUGUCGAUGGCUGCUGAGGUCACAGAGGGUCAGACCAUCACCAUCGACUGCACUGUUGAAAGUUUCCCACAGUCAACUCUCACCUUGUCGAGAACUCCUGCAUCCUCACCCUUGAAUCCUCAGUCUUUGGAAUUAACUCGACAUGAUAUGCAUGCACAUCCCAUCAACGCUCUCCACCACACAUUUAAUGUGACGUCCAACGACGCCGGCUCGUACAUCUGCAGGGCCACAAAUAGCGAAGGUUCAAGCACAAGCCAGCAGAGGAAGUUGGUGGUGAAAUAUUCUCCCAAAUCUGUGACAGUACGAGCUGCGCCUGGUCUCGUUGUGAUUGAAAACACGUCGUUGACGCUGAGCUGCGUUGCUCAGUCCUACCCUUCAGUGACCUCUGUCACCUGGAUGAAGAUGACUGACGGGAAAGACGAAACCAUCCAGCAGAGUAUGACCUUCACCGUAAACUCUGUCGGUCCGUCCGACAGUGGACUGUACAGCUGUGCAGCCAGUAAUGGCAUUGGAACCGGAAAAUCAAAGGGAGCUGAGGUUGAAGUCAAAUAUGCUCCGAAACACACAGACAUCACGAGAGCCGCAGAGAAGCAGGAGCGUGAGGGGAGGAGCUCUGUGGCGCUGAGCUGCAGCAGUCGCAGCUAUCCCCCUGUCACCCACUACUCGUGGUACAAGAAGAUACAGGGUGAGCAAAAGGAUAAACUUGUGUCCAAACAUCAGAACCACACGGUGUACUCAAACCAGCCAGGAGUCUACUACUGCGUCGCCAAAAAUGAAAUAAAUCAAAGAUCUUCUGACCCAGUGCAUCUGUUUAAACGAGACCAUAUGCAGAUCCUGAAGUUCUUCUUUCUCGGUCUUAUUAUCGUCCUGUUCAUUAUCUUCUUGAUUGUCUUAGUUUACAGGUACAAGAGGAAAAAAACAAUUCAACAAGAAACCGUGAACACACAACUCUUAUUUGGUUUUUCGGGUUGGUGUAAUGGCGUCAGGAGGGAGAAUCGGAGGAACGAGACUCUCUUGGCAGAGCCUUGCAGGAGCAGAGACGACCUCUCGCAGGAGCAGUCAUGCCGUCCAAGGGCCCAACGACACCAGACUCCUCCAGACAGCACGCCUGCAUCCAACAUCCUCUCUGUUUACUGCACUGUGAAUGUGCCCCAGGCUCCCACUGCACAAAACCCCACAAGACAGCAAGGUGGACAGACAGAGGGGGAUUCGGUCAACUAUGCUUCUCUGCACUUCCGGAAUAAGCCAACGAAUAAACAUGAAGCGGAUGCUGUGUACGAAAAGGUGUCCAAGCCGACGAAAACUAAAAAGAAUGAGCAAGAAAGUCUGCAGGACUAUGAAAACAUCAGUGUGGCGCAUGCAGCGACAUCUCCAAAUGGAUGGAACGAUGACACAGACACCAGUGACGGUGAAAUGGAGCUCAACUAUUCACUGGUGAGCUUCAAGGCGAACCCGGGACAUCGGAGGGCCGACAGAGACUCCAGCAGCUCUGAUGAAGACAAGAUACAAUACUCUGACGUCAAGAUCUAGAUAUUCUUAUCCUGCUUUACAUGAGACACCCUGAAUUAUGUUCACGAUCAAUCAGCUUUGGGCUUUAUUACUAUACAGCAGCGGCUCCAAACAAGAGAUACCUUUACUCAACGGGUUCUUGGAAAGCCUAAUGAAUAUAUUCCACAUAUCUGUGUUGAGGAAAUUAGGAUUUAAGUGUGCUAAAAGUUAUGGAUAAACAUUUGAAACUAUUAAAAGUAUAGAAAAAAAGCUAAAUGUGAAAGAGGAAAUGGUUGUAAUGUCCAGCUUUUGCUAUUACAAAGGGUGUGAUUGUAAAAUAAUUGUAACUAUACCUGUUUUAUAUGAUUUAUAGUUGAAUAACAUGCAGUCAGAAAAAAAAAAUGUUGGGAACCGAUACUCCGAAGUAUUGUUUUCUUCUUUCCAGUGUUGUGAACUGAAUCCAAACCAACCCCACCUGAAAUGUAAAUAUGGAUCAAUUAUAAACUAUGUGUGUUUACAAAUGUUUAUGGACAUCAUUGUGAGGUUUGUGAACACUCUCCUGUACAAAAUGACAUGGAGGUAACAAGGCUUGUUUUCUCGAGUAUACAUGCUGAGGCAAAAUGCUCCAUUUCCUAACCUGCUGUGACUGUAAGCUCUUGCAUGACUGCCAGCUUAAGUGCAGGCAGAUAUAUUUUUUUAUGUAUAAAUAAGCACAAACAUAUGUAUGCAUUUUUAUCCAAUUAUUUGUUAUUAAUAAAAAGAGUUUAAAGUA